AUCUGGGCGCAAGGCAAUCAAUCGCGCAACCGAAACCCAGAGCUUCGAGGUCCCGCAUAUCGAGACGUCGCCCCAUCAGCAGUGGCCCUGAGCGACAAGAGCAUCUGCCUCCAAACGACACGGCAUCGGCAUUCGCACUCGCUGCAUUGACCCCCAUCCGCAUCCUGCCGCCAUGGUCAAGCUCUAUCUCCGAUAUCGCCAAAAGGCAUCGUUUGGAACCAUCGCCUCGGCAAACUCCAACAUCAUCUACGACUCCUCCGCCCAGCUCGCCGUCUGUCCCGCCCUCGAGAACGUCCACAUUUACAACCUCAAGCUCGGCGAGCAGACUGCAGCCUGGUCCGACGUGGACAACAAGGCCGAGGUGACCUUCAUUACCCGCCAGACUGCCUCCAAAGACCACAGCGACGUCAAAUACGCUGUCGGCUAUUCGGACGGCUCCAUCCGCAUCUGGUCCAUGGUCUCGUCGUCGACCUUGAUUGUCUUCAACGGCCACCGCGCUGCCGUCACCUACCUGGCCUUUGACCGCUCAGGCACCCGCCUCGUUUCGGGAUCCAGGGACACCGACAUUAUCGUCUGGGACAUUGUAGCCGAAUCCGGGCUGUUUCGUCUGCGCGGCCACAAGGAUCAAAUCACCGGCCUUGUGUUCUUGGAUCGCAACGACCUCAACCACCUCGUCUCGACCUCCAAAGACACCCUGAUGAAGAUCUGGGAUUUGACGACACAGCACUGCAUCGAGACCCUCGUUGCCCAUCGAAGUGAGGUCUGGGCCCUGGCGGCUUCGCCCGACCAGCUCACUCUCUAUACGGGUGCUGCCGACCCCGAGCUUCGUGUUUGGAAACUCGAUCCAGACGUGCUUGCGAAGAAGCUCGAGCCUGUCGGUCCGUCGGACGCGACUGAAUCUGCACAGACCUCUGCUGUCGCCGACGAGCUGGCCAAGGGUGUCACCCUACAUGGCGCUCUGCAGCGUCAAAGCAAGGAGCGAGUCACCACCCUGCGGACCGACCACACCGGUCGCUAUAUCGGCAUCCAGGGUGCUGAUCGACUGGUAGAGGUCUUCAAGGUUCGCACUGCCGAGGAGGUCAAGAAGCGCCUGGCUCGUCGCAAGAAGCGGCAAAAGGAGAAAAAGUCAGCCAAGGGAACCGGUGACCCCGCCACUGACCCAUCCCUCGAUGGCGACGAUGAGGCCGACAUUUUGCCUACGGUCGCAGACGAGAUCCCCACCUUUGCCGCCAUCCGAUGCUCGGCCAAGGUCCGGUCAUUCGACUUCUCGCCAAAGACCAAGGAGAGCGAGGAUGCUCCUGUCCAGGUGCUGUGCUCGCUCACCAACAACACCAUCGAGCUGUGGUCUGCUGGACUGGACUCUGCCGAGGAACCUACCAAGCUGACAUCGUCGAUCGAGAUCCAAGGCCACCGCUCCGACAUUCGCACACUCGCCCUCAGUACCGACGACGAUCUGCUUGUCUCGGGAUCCAACAGCGGCAUCAAGAUCUGGAACACCCUGACGCAAAAGUGCGUACAGACCCUGGGCUCUGGAUAUGCCUUGUGCAGCGCCUUUGUGCCGGGCAACAAACACGUUGUCAUCGGCACCAAAACGGGCGAGCUCGAGUUGUUUGAUCUUGCCUCUUCGUCGCUGCUCGAGAGCAUCAAGGCACACGACGGACCCAUUUGGUCGCUGCAGGUGCGGCCAGACAAAACGGGGAUCACAACCGGAUCAGCCGACAAGGAAGUCAAGUUCUGGGACUUUCAGCUCAUCCAAGACUCGGAGUAUUCCAAGGUGGCUCGUCGACUCACGCUGGUGCCGACCCGGAUCCUAAAGAUGUCUGACGACGUCCUGAGUGUGUGUCACUCGCCCGAUGGCUCGCUGCUUGCUGUCUCGCUUCUUGACAGCACCGUCAAGGUGUUUUACACCGAUACCCUCAAGUUCUUCCUGUCGCUCUAUGGACACAAGCUGCCUGUGCUGUCCAUGGACAUUUCCUCGGACGGGGCCCUGAUCGCCACAGGCUCAGCCGACAAGACCCUCAAGCUCUGGGGGCUUGAUUUUGGCGACUGCCACAAGAGUUUGAUUGCUCACGAGGACUCUGUGAUGGUCUGCAGAUUUGUGUGGGGUACACACUCGCUCUUUACCGCUGGCAAGGACAAGACCAUCAAGUACUGGGACGCCGAUAAGUUUGAGCAAAUCCUGAAGCUCGAGGGCCAUCACGGCGAGGUGUGGUCUCUCGCCGUGGCCAAGUAUGGUCGGUUUAUUGUGACCGGCUCCCACGACAAGUCCAUCCGCAUCUGGGAGAAGACUGACGAGCAGUUUGUGCUGGAGGAAGAACGCGAGCGGGAGCUGGAGGAGCUCUACGAGAAACAGCGGGACGAUCGCGGAUUCGAGGAAGAGAUUGGAUCUGGCGCUCCCGAUGCGAACCCAGAUGCCUCGGCAUUCCAGGGUCCAGAAGUCGGCAGUGCCGGCAAACGGACGGCCGAGACCCUGAAAGCCGGCGAGAAGAUCAUGGAGGCGCUCGAUGUUUGGGAGCAAGAGCGUGCUGCCCUGGAUGUCUUUGAGAUGCAAAAGUCAGCCAGCCCCGACGAAGACAUUGCGCCGCCGCCACGUAGCCCCUACAUCCUUGCCUUUGGCGAUCCAAGCAUCACUCCAGAAGGCUACGUCCUGAAGAUGAUUGAACGAAUCCGACUGAGCGAUCUGAACGAAGCCUUGCUGGUGCUGCCCUUUGGCAAAGUCGUGUCGCUGCUGAAGGUGGUCUUGUUCUGGAUCGAGAAGCGCUGGAACAAGCUGCUCUCGUCACGAAUCCUGUUCUUCCUUCUCAAUGUACACCAUAGCCAACUGGUGACGACACGCACGCUGAGACCCACUCUCAUCCGCCUGCGGAAAGAGAUCCACAACUCGCUGCAGGAGCACCGGGACAUCAUUGGCUUCAAUCUGGCGGGGCUGCGGUACCUCAGGACUCAGUGGGAGGCUGAGCAUAGCACCGAGUUUUAUGAUGACGUCGGCGUCGAUGGGGCAGCCAAGGGUCAAGGGAGCAGUGUCGGUGGCCCGACUAAAAAUGGCAAGAGCGGUGCCAAGAUGCGUGUGGUGGUAAAGGGAUGAAAGCAGCGUGGCAAUUGAUUGAUGGAAAGACCCUGAGCCAAAGAACAAUCCUGUCGUUCAUGAAUACAGUCCUUCGAUAACAAGGCGA